UUUUUUAAGAAACAAAAGCUAAAUUCCUAACCCAUGAGAAAUCAAGUUUUCGUGAUUUUUUAAAUAAAUUGUGUGAGAUAAGGAGGGCAAGGGUUUUUAUCUGCUCAGAAUCCUGGAGUCAUUCUUACAGCUGAGAUAACUUUCUGCAUGUUGUUUUUCUGAAGGGAGCAAAUUUUUCUAUUUGUUUUUCCUCAGCAAGCGUACAUCGUGUACUUUCGGGUUGAAUUUGGAAAUUUUUUUGGAAAAUAGAUGAUUAUUGUUUUACAUAAUCCAGAUUGAAUAAAUCCAGUUAUUAAUUUAACAUAAAUCCAGGAUUUUCCAACUUCUCAUCCACAAAGUGAGUAUAGACUUCUCUGGAGUUGCAUUUGAGAUACCAGCACCCUCAGAAUGCAUGGCGACCAGCAUCAUGCUGUGGAUAUUGAACAGAGUCCAGUAGAGCUGUUGCCCAGAAAUCCAUACUGUUCGAAUGAAGGAACCCACUGUGGUUGUAGAUUACCCACUGUGACCCUCCAGCGGCAGUGGGUGACAGCAAAACCAUGGUCACUCUGGAAAACAUUUCUGGUGUGUCUUUUGGCCUGUCUAAUUGCCACAGCACUUGUUGUUCUGGUCUUAUAUUUUGUCCACUUUGGCAAGCCCACCAACAGUACCACUAUCAUCAUUCAUGCAGAUGGAAAGUCGAAUCAUGUCACCUGCAUCCCUGGUUCUACCCCAUCUCCUGCCUCAUCAGCCCUGCCUGGAUCUCCUACCCCUGUGCCCAACCAAAGCUCCUCUGCCAAGGCGUCUCCAUCCUUCAUGGAAACGACCAAAACAACAACACUGGAGCAUGAAAUUAUCAUUGAAGAUCGAAAAUGACAUUUUUGAGCCCUUAGCACUCUUCCAGCCAGAUCAACACCCUCACCCAGGAGGAGGCAUGUCCAGGUGUCCUGUCUUCCCUGUCAAGAGGUUGCAAAGCUUGCCCUUUUUGCUCCAAUCAUUUGCUGUAUUCCCAUAUGGUAAUGACUCAGUCUUGCGCCUUCCAAUGUUCAAAUGAUUGGAAAAAAAUUUUUUUUCAGCUGAGCCUGAUUGAUUCAUUCACGCUGGGGCCCAGAGUUUCCUUUUCAUCCCUCCUAUACAACCAACUUUAUUCUUCACAAAUGGGGGUUUCAACUGAGGAAGAGGCUGCCAGGUGGAUCCCGCUCUACUUCACUCCCUGCCUAUUGGUUCUUAAGCCAGUAUUUACCAUCUAGUUGUUGCUUAUUUUACAAUCUCAUAUACUUCAUUAUUUUCAUCAUUUGUAUUCCAAUAGGGAGAAGGAAAUAUUCAAUUAAAGUAGUUAAUGAGUAAGAGUUUUUAAAUACCUGUUGGUUAUUAUAGACACAUUUCUCUUGUUGGGAAACCCAGAAAAGAGAUUAGUGAGGUUAGGAAUACAAGGAAGAUUUUGGAGAAAAACUAAGAGUUGAAAAAGGGUGAAAAAUUGGACUUAGGUCAGGUCAUGAUCCCAGGGUCAUUUUAUAUUGUAUUUCGUUUUGUAUAUUGUGCCACAAUUUUGAGGGCACAUUGCUUGUAAUUUGAUAUGAAACACAAGACUUGUUCAAUAUUUAUAUUGAGUGUUUAAUAUUCACUAAAAGCAUACACAUUUCAUUCUGGGAAAGACUUUCGAGUUAAAUGAACCUGCCCUUUCCACCCCCAACCUCCAAACUCUACAAAAGUGGAAGACUGCCUCGGACAAGGAGGUUUCCUACCCAAAGAUUCAGCCCUAUGAGUGGACACUAAAGCCUUGGUAUCCAGCUUCCAAUUUCUGAUUGUCUUUUGCACACCAUUAGAGGUUCUGGAAGCAUUGUUUUGUUUUCCUAAAGCAAAAGGCUUUGUGUUCUAUAUAACUCUAUGUUGAUUUGGCUGCAGUCAAUAAUAGGCCAUAUAGACUUUGAGGCCUUACUGAAUGCUUAGACUCCACAAAAGAAAGAUCAGAAAGAUGGUCAUUCCUUACAAAAUUAUAUAUGGGCAGCCGGUAUUAUUUCUCAGACACCAAGAGAUGUCGAAAUUUGAGUCUUAAAAAAGAAUAAUUUUUAUACCACAAAUAUCAUUUGAUAACACAACUUAAGAAUGAUGAAAGUUAUAUAUGUUAAGAAAAAAAAAGAGAAGAGAGCAGGAGGGGAAGAAUGAAGGGGGG